CCCAGUUUCCGGAAAAUCCCUGAGAAAAUGGAAUCCUGAGGCCGUCCCCAAAUAGUUAAGCGAUUUUGUUAGAAUAAAACUACGAAAGUCCAAAAAUAAGGAAUAACGACACAAAUACAAGACAGCUGGAUCGUGGGGACUCAAAGACAGACAGCGUUUAUCUCCAGCUUCUCUCCCUUCGACACCCGAUGGAGGGCUCCGACAGUUCCGAGCCGGGCGCCAGUGACCAACCAGAGGCCCAGCGCAGGCGGCAACGGGACCGGCUAGACCGGGAGGAAGCCUUCUACCAGUUUGUCAACAACCUGAGUGAGGCAGACUACCGGCUGAUGAGAGACAACAACCUGCUGGGUACCCCAGGUGAGAUCACAGCAGAGGAGUUGUUGAGUCGGCUGCAGCAGAUUAAGGAUGGACCAGAGCAGCAGCAGCCUAGCAUCAACACCAGUGAGACUGGAGAAGCUACAGGAGAACCGACAGAACCGGCGGAAGGUCCAGAGGACCCGUCUAAUGGCGACACCCUCUUGGAUUGGCUGAACACCGUCAGGCGGACAGGCAACACCACCCGCAGUGGUCACCGAGGCAACCAGUCAUGGCGGGCAGUGAGCCGGACCAACCCAAACAGCGGAGACUUCCGGUUCAGUCUGGAGAUCAACGUUAACCGUAACCUGGCCGAGCAGCAGGCCCGCGCCGAUGUGGAGACGGGCGAGGGGGAGGCUCAGGAGGAAGGCCCAGCAGAAGCACCUGGCGAUGGGGUGGAGGCAGUGGUCGGAGUGGAGGUCCAGGCAGGGACUGAGGCAGGGACUGAGGCAGGGACUGAGGCAGGGACUGAGGCAGGGACUGAGGCAGGGACUGAGGCAGGGACUGAGGCAGGGACUGAGGCAGGGACUGAGGCAGGGACUGGGGCAGGGACUGGGGCAGGGACUGGGGCAGGGACUGGGGCAGGGACUGGGGCAGGGACUGGGGCAGGGACUGGGGCAGGGACUGGGGCGCCCAUGGAGACAGGAGAGGUGCUGGAGGAACCAGUUGUGGAGGAGAUGGCUGUCAUAGUGGAACCAGAAGCGGAGAUGGAGCCAGAGGCUGAAGUAGAAGCAGAGAUGGUCCCAGAGUUAGUAGUAGAGGUAGUCCCACAGCCGCCCAGCCCUGUCACCGCCACCCCUCCGGUCUCCAGACCAGCCAGUCCCCUGGUGCAGGCCACCCCGGCCCCAGCCCCCCCCAGCCCGCCCCCUGAGGAGCCUCCCCGACGGGGCCAGAGACGAGCCCGCAGCCGUAGCCCUGAGCAGCGCCGGACCAGGGCUCGCACCACACGGAGCCGUUCCCCUCUCACCCUGGACCGACUGGACGGCCUCCCCCGCCACGUGCCCAACGCCGCCCCUUCACACAGCCCCCACCGCCCCCAGUCCCCCGCAGAGGGAAGCUCACGGACUCGACAGCAUGUUCUGUCCCGGCAAAGCACUGCAGAGUACGAUGUCCAGUCAGCCGGAACAGGGUCUGACACAGGGUCUGGGAACGCCCCAGAGCCCGGUACCACCCCACCCCAGGAGGGAGAGGCCGCGGGCGGGGAGGGAGCAGCAGGACGACGUCCCCCCACCAUCAUGCUGGACCUGCAGGUGCGUCGUGUUCGUCCAGGUGAGUACCGCCAGAGGGACAGCAUUGCUAACAGAACCCGCUCACGCUCCCAGAACUCCAACAACACCUUCCUGUACGAGAGUGAGAGGGGGGGGUUCCGCAGGACCUUCUCCCGGUCCGAGCGUGCUGGUGUGAGGACGUACGUCAGCACCAUCAGGAUCCCCAUCAGGAGGAUCAGUGAUGCAGGGUUGGGAGAGGCCACCUCCAUGGCUCUGCAGACCAUGAUACGACAGAUCAUGACCGGCUUCGGAGAGCUCAGCUACUUCAUGGACUCGGACUCUGACUCCUCGGACUCAAACCGUGGCGGUGGUAACCCCACUGGCGCUGCCGACCUGGCAGAGGCGCUCAACACUCCCGACGGGGGAGUAGCCGGCAUGGCGGAGGGGGCGGAGCCUCCUGUCUCAGUGGGUGGGCCUAGUGUGGGAGGAGCCGGGGAGGCAAGGACAGAGGAGGGGGAAGAGGGGGUUGGUGUAGGUCUGGCCCCAGGGAUAGGUUUAGGGGUGGGGGGCACCCCCAGGGAGGGGCGAGCUCGGCCCCGUGCCCCCAUCAGUCUGGAGGAACCAGGGUCGCUACCCUUCCUCCGCCUUGCUCACUUCUUCCUCCUGAAUGAUGAGGAUGAGGAACAGCCCAGAGGACUCACCAAGGAGCAGAUCGACAACCUCUCCACCAGGAACUUUGGGGAGAGUGAUGCUCUGAAGACCUGCAGUGUGUGUAUCACAGAGUAUGCUGAGGGGAACAAGUUGAGGAAGUUGCCCUGUUCUCAUGAGUACCAUGUUCACUGUAUCGACCGCUGGCUGUCUGAGAACUCCACCUGUCCUAUCUGCCGCAGGGCUGUGUUGGUGUCUGCUAACCGGGAGAGUGUGGUCUAGCCUGGAGAGCUGGAGGUCAGCGGUGCUCCAGGCAGACAGUAUAUAACACCGUGUCAGUUCUGCAGGCCUUUCUCCUAGUCAGACCAUUUACAUUGUUCAUGUUUUCAUUCUUAAGACAUCACUGACUUUUAUCCAACUGACAUGCUGGUGUUUGGAGAGAUGGAGACAGACGAGACGGAGACAGAAAGGAAGGGGGUGUCUUCAUAGUGUAGUAAGAGACAUGAGAGAUGCCACUGUCCCAUUGGCCAACAUACCCCACUCUCCCUUACCUACUCUGAGAGGACCAACAGACUCCACUCUCCCUUACCUACUCUGAGAGGACCAAUAGACCCCACUCUCCCUUACCUACUCUGAGAGGACCAACAGACCCCACUCUCCCUUACCUACUCUGAGAGGACCAACAGACCCCACUCUCCCUUACCUUCUCUGAGAGGACCAACAGACCCCACUCUCCCUUACCUACUCUGGGAGGACCAACAGACCCCACUCUCCCUUACCUACUCUGGGAGGACCAACAGACCCCACUCUCCCUUACAUACUCUGGGAGGACCAACAGACCCCACUCUCCCUUACCUACUCUGGGAGGACCAACAGACCCCACUCUCCCUUACCUACUCUGGGAGGACCAACAGACCCCACUCUCCCCUACCUGUCUUACCCCAAAAGGGACUCCACUGUCCCCACCUGACCCUGCUCUCCACCUAAAAGACUGCAUUUAUCAAUACUUCCCCACCUGACCCUGCUCUCCACCUAAAAGACUGCAUUUAUCAAUACUUCCCCACCUGACCCUGCUCUCCACCUAAAAGACUGCAUUUAUCAAUACUCUGGAACGGCUCACAGACUGUCAGUGUGUCAAAGCUUUGCUGAAUUAGUUUUUAAGUUAAAACUGUAGAAUGUUGUACAGGCGUUAAUGGGGAGAACAAGAUGUGGCGGACUUGGAUUCCGUUGGGAAUUCUAUCAGUUUAUUUGGACUCGUGUUGCAUCAUAUUCAUGACAUCUGAAUCAAUAGUACUGAUUAUUGAUUAUGAAAUGUGUUGAGCCGUCGUUGAGAUGGGAUGUAGGUAUCUGUUAACUGAUGCUAGUAUGUAGUCUAACUCUAGCCCAUCACAUGAAGCAUUGAUCUGUUUCUAUUUCUGCCCUCUGACAGUGUUUCAUCAUGACAUCUCAAGAGUAGUGAUCUAGCAUCAGUCCAUCACUGUUAGUCUAGGAUCAGUGGCGGUCUAGGAUCAGUGGCGGUCUAGGAUCAGUGGCGGUCUAGGAUCAGUGGCGGUCUAGGAUCAGUGGCGGUCUAGGAUCAGUGGCGGUCUAGGAUCAGCGGCGGUCUAGGAUCAGCGGCGGUCUAGGAUCAGCGGCGGUCUAGGAUCAGCGGCGGUCUAGGAUCAGCGGCGGUCUAGGAUCAGUCCAUAUAAUCUUAUUCAUUAAACCUAAGUAGCCCAACUGAUCGUAGAUCAUCACUCCUAUUCUGGGACACUAUGUGGAUACGGGUCCUGAAGGAUAACGACAACCUCCUAGUGAUCCUGACCUUGUAAUGUCACCAUGACAACCUGUUGAUUCUGCUACAGUAUGACCAGGAAGUGAACAGAGGGCUGCGUUAUGGCUCUGUCUCAAAUACCACCCUAUCUCUAUAUAGUGCACUACCCAUAGGACUCUGGUCAGAAGUACUGCUCUAUAUAGGGAAUAGUGACAUUUGGGAAUCACAUUUAUUAUGAGUUCCAAGUGUUGGUUAGACCCCGGCCAGGCUGCUGCCUCUGUCCUGUGUUUUGGCCUAGAACUUCAACUACCAAGAGACAUCUUCAUAUCUGGAACACCAGUGCAAUAAAUAUAGAGUGGGAAAACUGAGACAGAAAAUAGGGAAAACAAAACGUAAUAUUCUCAACUUGUAUAUUAUUAUUUCUAAAAUAUUGUAGACUGAAUAUUCCCAGUUAAAAUGAAGACUUUGUUCCCUUUUAAAAAUGUGUUAAUCUUUUUAUUUUCUAGAGCUGGGUUCUUUGUGUACAUUCUGAUAGCGCUCUCUCUUGUCGAGCGGUGGGCCUGUAGGAUGCUGUAUGUUGGCUGUUCACGCAGAGGGAGGGAGUGUUCCAUGCCACGAUGACAUCACAUUCUAUAGGUUCCAUGUGUUCUCACGGUUGCCGUCAUUACCUCCUCCCUGUACAAAUAAAGUUUUGGGUGGUUGAA